CUUCCUCCCCACCAAGCAACACCGUUACCUCCACGACCAAUAUCGUAAACGAGUCAAACGACGACCCAUCCAAUGACGCCCCAAAUGAACCAACCGAAGAUAAACCAAAGAGACAGGCCAAACUCCGGAAACUAGCAGUAAAAAAUUAUGUUCAAAAAAAAAAAAAUAAUAAUAACGGCAGCGGCAGUGUCGAGUUUCUGUGA